UCUAUUUAACGGAACUUCAUCUGCCUCUCCUCGAACCUCUGCGAGCUACAAAUCAACACUGCAGGCUGGAAGCAGGAAAGCCAGAGAACCACUACAUUAUCUCUUGUAAGACUGCCCUCUCCCUUACUCUUGAGAGGCACCAGUGGUGCUUCUACACACACAUUCUUUUGUUGCCUCACGUUCCUUUUCGCAAAAACGAGAUUCUAACUUUUUAGGCCGGCGGCAUCUAUCAAGGUCAAACAGAGAAGCUGACUAGACUUAGCCAGCAAACUCGAUCGCCUCCUCCAAGCAUCUGGAUCUCACCAACUUCACAGCAGCCCUCGAAACACUUCAGACCAGCAACUUAUCGCUCUCGAAAUGAAGCUCCCUACCCUGGCCAUCGCCCUGGCAAUACUCACCUCGGGAGUCCAUGCCGGCGGCAAGAAGCCCCAGCCCUCGGUGUGGGAGGUCCACAGGAACAGCAUGGAAACCUGGCUCAGGUGGCCCAAGAACGACACGAGGGGCCUACAUCUCAGCACCCUCCCCGCGUGCAUUCAGCGCUGCAUCACUCCCGAGCGGGCCAUUCUCGACAUCUACGGUGAGAAGGCGGACGCCCGCACCAUCAACCGGCGCAUCUUCUGCGACCCGCGACUCAACCUCCUUAACAUCUUCUUCCUCCACACCCUCGGGCCAUGCAGCCUGGAGAGCUGUCGACAUGAGCACGGUUUGAAUGACCUGCAAACCCACUUCAAGAAAUGGAUGACGGCGCUCUGCGCGGCCCCCAUUAUGAAGAAGCCGACUAUUACCUGGGGCCUCAGAGACAAACAUACGCAACCCGCGCCGAAGGAAAUGAUCGACCCUGCCGCCGCCGACGUAGACGGUCUCGUGGGCGAAGCUGCCGAGGAGAAGCUUGGCGGCGAUGUGGACGCCCUCAUGGACGAGGACACUCAGGACUUGGAAUCUAUCGACGACAGCCCUGAUGCUCCCGCUGAUGCUCCCGCUGACGCCCCCGCUGACGCCCCCGCGAAGCCCGCCGUUACCGCCGCCAAAUUCACCGUCUGAGUGCAAAGCAGGGGAACACUUCCCACCCGCAAGUUGAACAGGUUGGUUGACAAAUUCACAGUCGAAACCGAUCAGUCUUUGGUGAAAAUGUAAGGGGAGUGGGGGGGAGGGGGAUGAACCAGAACCACACGGUGUUGCGAAUGUUGAUCCUUUUUUUUCGUUUUGUUGUAUGGCGGGAAUGGAAAGCACACGCACCUGGAUCGCCAAUUAGUGUGAGCACAUCACCAUCUAAAGUCGACGUCGAAGCUCGAAACCCAAGAAGACCAAAAAGUAACAAUGUCAUUUGCCCUAUCAAAAGUCACGUUUCCGUUUCCCAUCGUGGACCGUUGACCGUGAUCUGUGAUGCAUGGCUCAAAGAGGACGGAGGGAGGGGAUUGAACCCGCAAAACUGACGUCGAGUUCAACGCCUCUCACAAGCAAGACCCCGUGCUCUUCUCUUCCGUAUCGCGCAGUUGACGAGCAUCCAGCUCUCCGAUCGUGCACGGAAAGAGGAAGGUAAGAACAGAGAAGAAACGUCUG